CCUCUGUUUACUUGUAUAAACUCAAUAAUUUUGAAUUCAAUUGAAAUAUUAUUUUUGUACUGACAACAUUGAAACAUAUCACAUCUGUCAAAUAUUGUAUUUGGAUUGUAAACCGAAACGCAUUCAAACUAACGGAAUGUAUUCUUAUAGAAAACCAAGUAGAAGCCACCCGACAGAAGUCCAACUUAAACGGACCAUGGGCCGUUACUGUAUGAAUGAGAUGAGAGAACGUACGGUGGACAAACAGCUCGAAGAUUUCGCGAGUAUAUUGAGAACUACGGUGGAGCUGAAAAUCGUUUAUAAAAAAACCCAUUUGGAAGUCAGCUACAGUAUAGGAUCGCAUCAAGCUACGGUGAAUGGAAUUGACGAAUACGUACGUGCUUAUAAAAGCAAAUUUACCAGAUUGUUAAAAAAUUUAAUUUGUUUUGUGUAGGCAUGUGUACGCCAGUGCAAACAGGAGAUAUUGCACAAAUUAAGAGUGUAUUGCAAUUUUAUCAAUGUUUCUACAAAUUCAUCAAGUUUUGUACGAAAAAACGAAACCCCUGACCCGACGCGAGACGUUUACUCCGAGGUUAGUGAAACUAUUAUUAUCCGUUUUGAUACGCACGUGUAUGUAAUAUCAACGGCAUUAUAUUCUAUAUGUAAUCGUAUAAUACAUUUGCAUAGAUCGCAUUGUGCAAACAGAAAACGACUCAAAAGUCUGUAAACGAAUUGAAAAAUAAAGUGGUAUUGAUAGACCCAGAAAUGAAUAGUUCUAGUGUGCUGAAUGAAUUUGCAGAUACUGAUGAUUCACCGUUAAUCAUGAAACUUCGCUAUCUUGAAACAGAACUGGACACGAUCUACGAAUUCGGAUCGUGCAGUGCUUGGGCCAGAGAUACAACAGAAUCGGUAUGUGUACAUUAUUCAUUCGCUUAAAAUUCGACUAUUCUAUAUGCUCAUUAUAAUUUUUCAGACGUGUAUACAACAGUGCAAAAUGAAAUUGUUGCAUAAAUUAAGAGUGUCAGCAAACACUACGAGAACAUCAGCAAAUGACCUGACUGCCGGUCAGUCAAAUAAAAGAACUAUGUUUAGUAAACCAGAGGUAAUUAAAAUCCACCACGAAUGUUACGGUUAUGUUUUAAACAUUUGAUAUUUGACGGAAAUACUAUAAAAUAAAUAUCAUUAUGACGUAUAACAUUAUAAAUUGAAUAAAUAAUGACAAUUUUACUCGAUUUACACAACGUCAUGAUGGUAAUAAUAAUCGUUGGAACGAAUUGAAAACACAGUUUUAAUUUCAUUCGCAGAACUACAUCGAUAGAAUUUGUGCUGUGAUGAAUAAACUGACGCGGCAAAAUUUUCCCGAGAGCACAGAGCUGUUUCUCGAUAUCCUCGUGGAAACCAAUAACGCGAAUAAAUACUAUCUGGGACUCGUCACAGAUUUCAUAGUGCAAAAGGUAUCAUUGUUACCGGGAUAAACAUUUUCCUAUCACAGUUGUAAUAAUACUUAUAACAACAAUGACUGUUUUCGCAGGCAAUCUACCAGCCAGACCACAGCCCCAUGUACGCGAAAUUGUGUUCCGAUGCGAACAAAAGGGCGCUAGAGGACUUCGGGAAAAGUCGUUUUGGAUUCUCGAGCGUAUUCAAAUACGAAUUGAUAAAAUCGUGUAACAGCGUGUUGAAAGGAGCUGGACUUUUGCUCCAGACAAAACCACAUGAGCCAUGCUCGCGGGCGGACCAGCACCCCGAUGUCCGUAACGAAUCCGCGUCGGAAGCAUUCGACAUAGAAGCUCGCAUUCGUACGCUUGGAACUUGCAGGUUCAUGGGAGAACUUUUCAUGGAGAACGGCUUCCAGAUGAUGAAAAUAAUACUGAACACCGUGAACGCGUUCAUGCAAGCAAAUGACUCGCAUUCAUUGGAAUGCCUCUGCGUGAUGCUCUCGAUAAUCGGGCCGAGAUUCGAAAAAGUAAGUAACACUCGUCAAAAUAGUAUUGAUUUAUUAUUUACUUUGGCUCGUAAAUAAACGAUGGUGCAUUCGAUCGAAAACCUAUUACACUCCGUUUCUACACUCGCGGCUAUUGUUUUUAGUUAACGGAAAUCUCGGAAACUCAAUAUUACGCGAGACAAGUGUACGAGCGACUCGACAACUACGCGAUAUCCCAGAACACCUUCUUGCCUUGGCGAACAACUCUUAUGAUCAACCAACUCCUCAGUUUACGAAAUUUAUAUUGGAUGGACGGGCAGCCGGAGUUGCCGAGAAACGUUUUUAUGGAAGAUCCGAGCCCGUUCGCUUCGUACGACGGCGAAAGGAUGUCGGAAUAUCGUGGAAAUCGUUAGAAUUCGGGGCGAAACCAAGCGAUUCCUCUUCCGGGGUCUCGAAAAUAAAUACUACGAUUAUGAGAAGUCAACGACUGGUUCGUCACCGUAAAUAGACAUUCCCCGAUAUAAAUUCUACACCAGGUACGUAUUUUUCGCAUGUUUCGUUAUUAAUUCGCAUUUUUUCUUAGAUAUAUUUAGAUCGUUCACCGUAAUGAUUUGACGGUGGACAGACCUAACGUUUACGUGGGACUAUGAAGAGAACAUAAUUCCGUUCGUUUCGUUUGCUAUCUUCAAAACGGUCCGGCAUACAUAAAUUAUUGGUAUAGAAACAAUGUAAUCUAAUCGGAAGAUAGUAAACUGCGGCAAAAUUAACCUUUUUCUAAAAGUCGAUAUGU